AUGAACAAGAAUAUAUUCUCAAAAAUAUUUGGAGAUAACGAAGAAGAAAAAUAUUUUAGUUUUAAAAUUGAUGAUAAUAUAUCGAUUAAUAAAAAAUUUAAAUUGGAUGUAAAACUUGAAGAUGUGCGGAAGGAGUUAGCAGAAUAUCGAGAUGAAUGGAAAGCGGAAAAGCUUUUAUUUAAAUAUGAUGGAAGUUGGAUACUCCAUGAGGAUGAACCUAAUUAUACAAUAAAUAAACUCUGUAAACCUAAUAAAUAUAUAUGUGUCGAAAAUCUGUUAAAAGAAAUAAAUGUUUAUUUAGAUAAUAAGGAUGGCAAAAUGUUGCUUCCAUUCUUAGAUCCUAAGGAUAAACUAAAAGAUAUUCGCAAAAUAUUCACUGAAAACAGUGAACAUGAAGAAAUUGUUAAUGGCUUCAAGUUCAGAUGGCAGAAUGGAACCAUCGUUAAAGAAUGCCAAGAGGAUGUUAGAAAGUUAGAAGAAAUUUUGGUAAAUGGCAACGAGUUAUAUAUUUCAACUUCACAAAAGGGAAAGGUCAUAAUUUACAGUAGUCAUAGUAAAACUUCCAGUCAACCACUUAUAUAUGAUUUAGAUAAAGGAAAAAGUCUUUCAGAAAUUCGAGAAGAACUUGAGAGCACUUGGAAAGAACAAACUCAGUUAUAUAUGUGUUCGGAUUGUUAUUUUCUAGAUCAAAAAAAGGCACGCAUUGUUAGAUGCAAUGAAAAUAAUUUAAAGCUAGAGGAUAUUUUAUCAAUUGAAAAUGGCGAUGAUGUCUUAAAUAUUUAUCGAGAACAUGAACAUGACCUAAUAAAGUUGACUAAUAAAUGUGGGUAUGGAUUUAUAAUGAAGGAUGGUUCAGUCGAACGAGCAAAAUAUCGUGCAUUUACAAUCGAAGAAACACCAGAAUGUCACAGUUUUGAGGAUAAAUGUGAGGAAGAUUUAUUCGAAUGUAAAAAUGAAUUUCAAGAAUUAUAUAAACGAAACUUUAUUACAUUUGGUACAACGUCUAUUCUACCAUGGGCUUCCAUUUUUAUGAAAGCCAGCUACAGUUCCUCGUAUAAAAAACCAGAAAAUUAUAAAACUAUAAAAUAUUCAUACAUUAAGUUGAGGCGAAUGAGUGUAAAUAUUUCAAGGAGCAAAAUUUCAGUAGCUGGUGAAUUUGUUGAUGAUGUUAAAAAGGCAUUAAGCAAAGGGAAUCAAGCAGAAAAAGUAAAAAAUCUUAAAAAUAUAGCAGAAAAGUAUGGCUAUUUUUACGCAAGUUCAGUAAACUUUGGAGGUGUUAUCGUUCAACAAAUUGAAGACACAAAGUAUUCAAAAUCAGUUAAAUCAUUUCAUAUCAAAUCUCAAUUGGCGGGCACCACCUUGGAAACUGGAACAAGCACUGCUAUGGAGUCAAGAAGCAUUAAAUCUAGAUACGUAAUAAAAGGGGGAGAUAAGUCCUGCAACCUUUCUGGCAAGCAAUUAGAAGAUAUUCCCAAUAUAAAAGAAUGUCAAAUAUUUACCACGAUUUUGAAGAAAAAAAAAGAUAGGCACAUAUUUUCUUCGUGCGUAGCUUAUGAUACUCCCGAGAAUCCAAUAAUUAUUGUUAGUCGUGUUCCAAAUAAGAAAAAAAAACUUGCCAAAAAAUCGAAUCCAAAUUGCAUAAUUAUCCAAAUUGGAUGGAUGAUUGUGGGAUAUCCAACAGAUACUUUUGACUUUGAAUUAUCAAAUCAAAUUAUAAUUGAAAGUGAAAAACGAGAAUUGAAUGAUCAAUAUAUUGUUGAUAAUAUUUCGCAUAUGACUAAUUUGAACUUAGGAAAAUUUUCAUUAUCUACAUGUGUUAUGGAUAACGUAGAAAAUUCUUUACAAGAAGAAACAACUUCAAAAUCAAGAACUUUAUACUUGAAAACAGAUGGAAUUAAUCCCAAUGAAAAGCCUAUAUUCGCAAAUCAUUCUUUUGACAAAGAUUGUCAUGACGAUGAAUGCCAUGGAAUAAUUAAUGUUUCUCCUGGCCAUCUUCAUUUUAAGAUAUUAAAUGAUUAUUCAUCCGUUAAAAGCAAACCAGAAAUUUCUUAUUUCAGUGUUUUCCCAGAGGGACUACUGUAUAAAAAUGAGGUCUGA